AAAGACCUAAAGCCGUGUCGUCAAUGCCAUCCCAGCCACUGAACCUUCUUCUGCCGCAUGAUCUGUUUUUAUCCUCCGCCCGCCGUUCUCCCUCUCUCUCUCUCUCUCUCUCUCUCUCUCUCUAUCCCUGCCGACCCGUCAAAGACCCUAGCUUCCCGCCCAAAUCACCCCCUCCGAUCGAAACCCUAGCCCCUUCCACCGCCGGGGUCCCGUCCCUGUCCUCUUCUUCCUUAUAGAAACCUCACUUUCUCUGCUUUUCAAGGCCCAAGGUUACUUUUUCUUCGCUCACCGCACGUGAUCAUUGAUUGGGGCCUUUCCUUUCGUUUGUCCGCUUCCUCCCUCUCUCUCUGCUGUGUUGUGAUAAGACCUUUUACCUUUUGUGUCUCCCUUGGAUUCGACGAAUUCGAGAGGGGUGAUUCCGAGAAGGACCAGAGACGGCAGGUUUAAGUUUUGCUAUUGGGUUUUUUAGGACAAUGGAAGGAAGGUCUGUUAGUAGCAAAAUGGAAGCUAAUGGGACAGAUGAACUUAAGGUGCCCCUGCUACAGCCCUCAAAUGGUGGCACCACCUCUGCUUUUCCUACAGUUCUGGAUAGAGACGUUAGGGUUCGCGCGGUGACGUUCAGGGUUGGUGGCAUUUCGUGUGCGUCUUGUGCUGUUUCCAUAGAAACAGCGGUGGGACAGCUUAAUGGGGUUGAGAGCGUGGCCGUGUCGCCUCUUCAAGGGCAUGCUGCUGUGAGAUACAUACCAGAGUUGAUCAGUCCACAGAAGAUCAAGGAGGCCAUUGAAGAUGCAGGAUUCACCGUUUCUGAAUUUCCAGAACAGGAUAUUGCGGUGUGCCGGUUUAGAGUUAAAGGAAUGGCAUGCACUAGCUGCUCUGAAUCUGUUGAACGUGCCCUUUCAACGGUCGACGGAGUCAAGAAAGCAGUGGUCGGUCUAGCUCUUGAAGAAGCAAAGGUCCACUAUGAUCCAAAUCUAACAGACACCGCCCAUAUUCUCGAAGCUGUGGAAGAUGCUGGAUUUGGAGCUGAGCUCAUCACAGCAAGUAAUGAUGCGAACAAAGUGCAUCUGAAGCUUGAAGGAGUCACAAAUCCAGAAGAUGUGAACAUUAUCCAGUCCAUCCUUGAGUCAGCAGCUGGUGUGAAUCAUGUUGAGAUGGAUUUGACUGAAAAGAAGGUGACUAUCACCUAUGACCCAGAUCUCACUGGUCCGAGGUCUCUAAUAAAACGCAUUCAAGAAUCUGGCCGUGGCUCAGAUUCUUAUGGUGCGAGCUUGUAUGUCCCUCCAAGGCGUAGAGAAUCUGAACAGCAAGAGGAAGUACGGAGCUACAGAAAUCAGUUUUUCUUAAGCUGCUUCUUUUCGGUUCCAGUGUUUUUGUUUUCCAUGCUCCUUCCAAUGCUUCAUCCUUAUGGGAAUUGGUUGGAUUACAAGAUCUACAAUCAGUUCACUAUCGGGAUGCUCCUGGGGUGGAUACUUUGCACACCGGUGCAGUUCUUUAUUGGGUGGAGGUUCUAUAGCGGAGCUUACCAUGCAUUGAGACGAAAGUCAGCAAACAUGGAUGUUCUAGUGGCACUGGGCACAAAUGCGGCUUAUUUUUACUCUGUAUACGUUAUGAUAAAGGGUUUGAGUUCUGAUAAAUUUGAUGGGCGCGAUUCUUUUGAGACAAGUGCCAUGCUCAUAUCCUUUAUACUAUUGGGUAAAUAUUUGGAGGUAGUGGCCAAAGGACGGACAUCAGAUGCAUUAGCAAAGCUUACAGAUCUUGCACCUGAUACUGCUUGUUUGGUCACAUUAGACAGUGACGGGAAUGUUAUUGCAGAGGAGGAAAUAAGCACUGGCCUGAUACAAAGGAAUGACAUCUUCAAAAUUGUUCCUGGCUCAAAGGUUCCUGUUGAUGGAACCGUUAUAAAUGGUCAAAGUCAUGUUAACGAGAGUAUGAUCACAGGAGAAGCAAGGCCAAUUGCUAAAAGACCAGGUGAUAAGGUUAUUGGCGGAACCAUGAAUGAGAAUGGUUGCCUGUUCGUGAAGGCCACUCAUGUUGGGUCUGAGACAGCGCUUUCCCAAAUCGUUCAGCUUGUGGAGGCCGCUCAGUUGGCCCGGGCACCAGUCCAGAAGCUAGCUGACCAAAUUUCAAAGUUUUUUGUUCCAAUAGUUGUUCUUGCUGCACUUAUUACGUGGCUGGCAUGGCUUGUUCCUGGAGAAGUUGGUCUUUAUCCGAAAAAAUGGAUACCAAAAGCAAUGGAUGUAUUUGAGUUUGCUCUGCAGUUUGGUAUUGCGGUUUUGGUGAUAGCCUGUCCUUGUGCUCUUGGACUGGCAACACCAACAGCAGUAAUGGUUGCCACGGGCAAAGGUGCUUCACUAGGUGUGCUCAUCAAGGGUGGAGAUGCACUGGAAAAAUCACACAAGGUGAAAACAGUUGUCUUUGACAAGACUGGGACAUUGACUAGGGGAAAACCAUCAGUAGUUAGUGCUGUUCUCUUUUCGUCUUACUCAAUGAAGGAGUUCUGCGACAUGGCUGCUGCUGCAGAGGCUAAUAGCGAACACCCAAUAGCAAAAGCUGUCGUAGAGUACACAAAGAGGCUGCGCCAGAAAUUUGGAUCCAACGCCGCCGAGCAUUUGCCUAAGGCAAAGGACUUUGAGGUGCACACGGGAGCUGGCGUGAGCGGAACAGUAGGGGGCAAAAGAGUUCUUGUUGGGAACAGGAAACUCAUGAGGACUUUUGACGUGGCUUUCGGCCAUGAGGUUGAGGACUAUGUCUCGGAGAAUGAGCAACAGGCUCGCACUUGUGUGCUUGUGGCCAUCGGGGGGAAGAUUGCCGGAGCCUUUGCUGUGACAGACCCAGUGAAGCCCGAGGCAGCACGUGUCGUGUCAUUUCUGCAUUCUAUGGGCAUCUCGAGUAUUAUGGUGACGGGAGACAAUUGGGCCACUGCAGAGGCUAUAUCAAAGGAGGUUGGGAUCCAGUCGGUUUUUGCCGAGACAGAUCCUUUGGGAAAAGCCGAUAAGAUCAAAGAUUUGCAGGCGAAAGGGACGACAGUGGCGAUGGUCGGAGAUGGGAUCAAUGACUCACCAGCGUUGGUGGCGGCCGACGUGGGGAUGGCGAUCGGAGCAGGGACUGAUGUGGCCAUAGAAGCGGCUGAUAUCGUCCUCAUCAAAAGCAACCUCGAGGACGUGAUCACAGCCAUCCACCUGUCCCGGAAGACCAUGUCACGGAUCCGGCUCAACUAUGUAUGGGCCCUAGGGUACAACGUCCUCGGAAUGCCGAUCGCAGCUGGUGUCCUCUUCCCAUUCACGGGGAUCAGGCUGCCCCCGUGGCUCGCUGGAGCUUGCAUGGCCGCUUCCUCCGUGAGCGUGGUCUGUUCUUCCCUCCUCUUGCAGUCCUACAAGAAGCCCCUGAACCCCCACGAUCCUCGAGUUGCUGAUAAGUGAUAACUAGCCCAAGUAAUGUAAGUCGAAUCGUUAUUGAUUGUCAGGAGCUCCUCGAGCCUCGUCAAUGUGUUCAUAUCAUUUAGUUUUCGAUUUUCAUUGGCUUGAUGGAAAAUAUGUACAUUUCAAGAAUGCGAUGUCUUGCUUUAGUUUAGUUUAUAAGAACAGGAUCAACUCGAAACUCGAGCAUCCUCGCUCUCUCCUUUGAAUGUGAUUGAUAAUUCUAAGAACAUCAGGUCGAUAUUUUCAUCUAA